GGGCCUUUCUGAAAUCGGAGAUGGCUUCCCGCAUCCCCUGGCGGGCCACCUCAGGUUAGGUAAACGUACCAACCUGCCUACCUCCUACCUACAGGCAAUGUCAGGUCGCGAUUCAAGCCAGCAACCGGCACACGGGUACCUGCUUGUCUAAGCUCGAGGCAGGUGGUAUAUCUGCCUCCUUAGGUACCUAGGGAGGUCCGUUAACAGGCGCCGACGUGUGUGUCCGGCGGGUUUACACAGGACCCUCGGCAGGUUGCCUCCUCAAGUAAACCGGUAAGGUACCUCUUAUAGCUAGCGCCAUCGCGGAAUCUUCGCGACAUAAUUUAGCUCGCCAGUCCACCCUGCCCAAGUUUAUCUUUGACUAAAUACCGUGAGCUAGCACGGUACUCUCUUUCUCUUAUCCUUCAAUACUACCAAUUUAAUCUUCGCAGCCGUGUUUCGGCCCUCUCUUCUCUCUUCUCUCUUCCUCCUCUCUCCCGGUCUUGACUCACCCUUCCUCAGUCUAGAGAUGCCUUGUUGUCCGAGAAGGCCAUAGACACACCUGGACUAUCCUCCCGGCCCCGCCGAAGAGCUUCAACCUACCUCUAGGAGGUGCUUGUUGUGCAAGGCCAUUCGGUCCCUACUCCAGCAGCCUACAUAUUCCCGAAUGUGGUCUUUUCACUGCAUACUUGCGUGCUUCGACGGACUGUCACCUUGCGCAUAUACCCGAUCUCGAGAGCGAGCAAAGCAAGCGAUCUCGCAAGAUGUCUGCCUCAUCUUUUAACUUCUAUUCGUGGAGGCGAAGAUCGUCCUCCGUCGCUUCCCGGCCCGAUCUGGCAGAUGUCCCUGACCAACUGUCCAACCCGGCCCGAUCUCUGGGGUCCACGCCGGACAAUUCGCAACCGCUCUCCUCUCCCCUGAGUUACCCCGUUAUAUACAGAGAGCCCACCAGGUCCUUCAUACCUGGACCCGUGAUAGACCACCUGGCCCCCAUAGAUAGUGCCAGCUUCGCCCGAAGCGUCCGCGAGGACACCGCCGAGCUUGCCUCCUAUGUUCUAUCAGACAAGAAGGAUAAGCGGAGCACGUCAUUCCUCAACCGAAUAUCAUCUGGGUCGUCCUACCCCGGCCGUGAACAGCCAACCCCCCAGGAUAAGACGUCGUCCGCCGGCGAUUUUCAAAUAUUGUCCUCUUAUGCAGCAGGCGAGCCGUCCGGACCCUUAAGAACGGCAUUGGGCACCAAAACCGCCUCUGACUCAGGCCCUUCGGCGCUCACCAGCAUGUUUCAAGGCUCAACGCCACAGCCUCUCCGGGAGACGGCUCCGGACGGCGAAACCCUCGGCGACAGGUAUCACUCACCACCAAUAGGUACAUCGCAGUCGAUACUGGGUGACGAGGCAUCGGAAACGUCCCCGCUAUUAAGGCAAAACUCUCCUAUAUGGGAAUCAGAUGUUUCGGAGGUUGGCGAUGCCGAGGCCCAAAAACCGAAAAUGUCUGCACCAAGAUCAUCAUCGAUGCUACUCAGGGACCGUAUCCGCAGCGGUUUUCGUACCGCUAGGAACGUGGUCAAUCCUAAGGCCUGGGAUAGGAAGGUUAUUUGGCGGAGGGCUAUCAGAGAGCCGGUCAGUUGUUUGCCUGCCGUGAUCGUCGGCCUUCUACUUAACAUACUCGAUGCGCUAUCCUACGGAAUGAUCCUCUUCCCACUAUCGAAUCCCGUCUUCUCAAGCCUUGGUCCAGCCGGAAUCUCAAUAUUCUAUGUCAGCACGAUUAUCUCGCAACUCACCUUCUCCUUUGGCAGUAUAUUUCGGGGCGGUAUCGGAUCUGAACUAAUCGAAGUCGUCCCCUUCUUCCACAACAUGGCAGCCACCAUUACCUCGUUAAUAGGAGAGGACCAGCCCGAUGCUGUCAUUGCUACGACUAUAACGUCUUUUGCUAUUAGUUCCAUGUUGACUGGCGUCGUAUUCUACCUGAUGGGGAGGUUCAGGCUGGGCUAUCUUGUCGGUUUCAUUCCUCGCCAUAUCCUGAUUGGGUGUAUCGGCGGCGUGGGCUGGUUCCUCGUCGCGACGGGCCUUGAGGUCUCGGCACGCCUCGAAAACUUCGACUACGAUCUCAACACUGGCCGAAGACUAGUCCAGCCGGACACCCUACCUCUUUGGCUGAUUCCCCUGGCCCUCGCCGCCGUCCUUUUUGGUCUGAAGAAGAAGAUCACCUCGAAGUAUUUCCUACCUAUUUACAUCUUAUGUGUGCCGAUCAUCUUCUACAUUUUUGCCUGCACAAUCGAGGGUCUAAACAUGGAGACUCUGAGGCGGGCGGGAUGGAUCUUCGAGGCGCCCGACGCUGGAGAGCCUUAUUGGUACUUCUGGACUCUCUACAAAUUCAACCUAGUCCAUUGGGAUGCCAUUUUAGAAACAACCGGGGCUAUGUUUGCCUUAACCUUCUUCAGCAUAUUACACGUCCCCAUCAAUGUCCCCGCAUUGGCACAAAUCAACGGAGAAGACAAUCUCGACUUGGACCACGAACUCAAGUUGCACGGCUAUUCUAAUUUCCUAUCUGGGCUUGCGGGCAGCAUCCAGAAUUAUCUGGUCUUCGCCAAUACGUUGUUCUUCAUGAGGUCGGGCGGCGAUAGCCGCUUAGCUGGAUUCCUUUUGGCAGGUCUUACCUUCGGUGUCAUGACCAUUGGACCGGUGAUUAUAGGCUACAUCCCAGUCAUGGUUGUUGGCACUCUGAUCUUCGUCCUUGGGUUUGAAUUGCUCUUGGAUGCUCUUAUUGCUCCGAGAAAGAAACUAAAAAUACUCGAAUAUUUGACGAUCUUGGUCAUAGUACUUACUAUGGGUAUCUAUGACUUUGUCGUCGGCAUUUUUGUCGGCAUGAUUCUUGCGUUCGUUUCGGUCAUUUUCCAUGCGUCCCAAGUCUCAGCCAUCCGGACGACCUACACAGGAGACCAGGUCGGUUCGAUGGUAAGACGAAACCCGUCGCAGCACCACUAUUUGCGGGACGUCGGUAGCCAGACCUACGUGAUCAAACUUUCCGGUUUUCUCUUCUUCGGAACCAUCGUGGGUGUCGAGGAGAAGAUACGUAGCCUGGUAUCUGAUGAAAUUUUCGAGGAGCACCCGAUUAAAUACCUAAUCGUCGAUUUAUGGCAUGUCGCCGGUAUAGACUAUUCGGCAGCCGAGGGGUUUAAAACCAUCAACAGGCUGCUAGACGGAAAGGGCAUCCAUCUUCUUAUCAGUGGGAAGGACGCAGAAAGCAAAAUUGGGCGAGACCUGAGGGCAGUUGGAUUAGGGGCCGACGGGCCCAAUGUCAUGUUUAUGCCUGACCUCAAUUCAGCACUGGAGAGCUGCGAGAACGAGCAGCUAAAGACAUUCUACGCUCGUCAAGAAGCCUUGAAAAUUUCUCGGCCCGCGCUCUCAAGGAGCCUCGAGGUUCCUAAUCAUCGCCAAACAACACAACCUUUCGAAUAUUUGGCACAGUCUCCAAGGAGGAACCAUCUACACCGAGCAGCGAGCAAUGUGCUCGACCAGCAAGAGAUGAGGCGGUCGACAAGGUGGCAAAACAUCAGCGAACCGUUGCGACUCAUGCUCCAGGUCUUCCACGACGUGAGCGAUAAGAACGAGGAUUUCUGGUUCCGAGCGACGCCGUAUUUCACCCGCAAGGAAUACGCCUCGGGAACCAUACUCUACCACCGCGGGGAAUUAGCUAACGGCUUCUAUAUCUUGGAAAGAGGCGAGCUUCGAGCAGACUACGAGACGCCUCAGGGCCGACUAUCCGAACCCAUCGUUCAGGGUACGACGUGCGGUGAGCUCCCAUUCUUCUCAGAGACGAAUCGUACCGCGACCGUGGUCGCGGUAAAGGACUGUGUCACCUGGGUCAUGGGCGUCGAAGACUGGGAUACGCUGCAGAAGGAAGAGAGCGACGUUGCACAGGAAUUGCUUAGAGUGUCGCUCAAGCUCACUAGCGAGCGGAUGGAUGCUAUGACGAAGUAUAUAUCUGCAGUUGGGAACUAAUUCACGUAGGUAGCUAGCUAGAUAAAAAGUGAGGCAUGUUGAUUGUAUCUUCCCAAAUUGCCGCGCGGCCUUCCGAACGUGAUACACGUGCCCCUAGGGAUCUUAACGCGCCAGAGGCAAGUUGUCUAUGGGGAUAUUACUGCUUACUCUUGAUCAGUCGUCGUAGCAUAAACCAGCACCGUUUAAAGCGUUGUAGGCUAAGAUGGACGCCUCAGCCUCCGGCCUCGAUGGCGAAUGUUGUCUUCAGGCCGGGAGUGGCGAUGUAUCAUCAGAUGACCAUGUCGGUCCCUUGGGCUCCCACUGUCAGCUGUUAUGAUGUGAUGCGAUAGAAUAAAUGCGCACCUAACUUAUGACAGCGAUACAUACGCAUCCCGCUGAGCUACCUGUAGGUACCUAUCACUUGUAGUCCCUGGGCACUGGUGGUAGCAUCAUCUUCGCCGGCUUUCGCGCCUGGGUUACGUAGAAUAGUAGGUGGGUAGGUACUGCUGUAAUAUUCCCCUACCGCGGGACACCGCCUGGAUUGGGCGCCGCCAAGGCCUGUAGGGAGCCUGUGGCGCCGCGUCCUGGCCAGUUUACUUCUCUAGGUAGUCCGCUCGGGCUAUCCUCGCCGGAUAUAGCGUACUACUGCUGCUACGGCGCCGCGCCCGGGCGACACAAUUACGUAGGGG